AUGCUGUCACCUAUCACUCUCUCCCUGGCGGCCUCGAGCCUCGGCGGAGCCGCAAGUCACACCAUCCCCGUAUCGGCUGGCAAGAACGGCUUGACCUCUGAGCCCAACGAAAUCCACGCGGCAGAGGGCAUCGUUGUGGCCGGCAACUUCCACAACGCCUGCCGCCCGGCCGAAAACAACGGCUUCUUCUCGGACUUCUUCCCGACCCAAAAUGGCACCGUCAAUUCCCAAGUCUUCCGCAUCACAAUCAAUCACACCAACCCCAUUCCCAUCCACUGCUCGCAAAACACGGGCCAGCACUGCAAGAACGAGGCGGCCACUAGCACUACCUGCAGUGGCUCGGCGUCGCCGACAACGACAACGACAACGACAGAGACCGAGACUGCUAGCAGCAAAGAGACGCAGACCUAA